AUGAUGAUACUAUCAGUAAUAUUUUGUAUAAGUUUAAUUAUUGGAACAACAACUGGAUGUGAUAUUAUCAUACGUGUGAAGUCACUUACUCAAGCACCAUUUCAUGCACAAAUUAUUGCUCCAAAUGGUAAUGCUAGUGAGAAGAAGCUUUUAAACAAAAGCGAACGAUUAAUCUUUCAAGAGAAAGCUGAUAAAUGUGGCUUAGGACCAUUUCAAAUAAAAACAUUCUCGAGUAAGAAAGAAGAAAGUGUAAAAGUGACAUUAAAUGGUAUUGGUGUAGUAAACUAUGAAGUUGGAGAUGAUCUAAUACCAAAACAAACAUCACGACAAGGAGCAGAAUGUCAUGGACAAUGUGCGCCAUUAGGCGUUAUUCAUCAACAUAAGACAACAACGACUAAGACAGUGCUUUCCAACGUAUAUUUUCGUCACAAGUUAAGGUAAGUUGAAUCGUUCCAA